GCAGCUGACUUGGGGCAUGCUGCUGCUGCUGCUGUUGCUGCUGUGCUUAAGAAAUUUGAAGGCUAAGGAUAUGGGGAGGCCUCCAUGUUGUGAUAAAAAUGGUGUCAAGAAAGGACCUUGGACUCCCGAGGAGGAUAUUGUUUUGGUCUCUUAUAUUCAAGAACACGGCCCUGGAAAUUGGCGGGCCGUUCCAGCUAAUACAGGGUUGCUCAGAUGUAGCAAGAGUUGUAGGCUGCGAUGGACGAAUUACCUUAGACCGGGAAUCAAACGGGGUAACUUCACUGAUCAAGAAGAGAAGAUGAUUGUUCAUCUUCAAGCUCUUUUGGGGAAUAGAUGGGCGGCUAUAGCUUCGUAUCUUCCGCAAAGAACCGACAACGAUAUAAAAAAUUACUGGAACACGCAUUUGAAAAAGAAGCUAAGGAAGGUUCAAGUGAGUUCAAUGGGGCAUUUUGGAGAUGGGUUUUCAUCAUCUUCAUCAUCAAUGCCAAGAGGACAAUGGGAGAAGAGGCUUCAAACGGACAUUAGAAUGGCAAGACAAGCCUUAUGGGAAGCUCUCACGCCACAAAAUUCAGCUCCUUUUGGUGAAAUAAUAAAGCCUUCAUACCACAAAGUUCAAUCCACGGGCUAUGCGUCAAGCACUGAGAAUAUAGCCAAAUUGCUGACCGGGUGGAUGAAAAAUCCACCCAAGACUACGGCGGAGAGAUGCCCAAAUGGUGGUAGCUCCGGCGGCGGAGCUGAUGAAUGUGAGGAUAAUAUGGGGUCGUUUUUUAGAUUUGAGUGUUUUGAAACGUCAAAAUCUAAUUCGGAGGAAAUGAAAGCUGAUCCUGAUGUUCAUGAUUUGCCACUUUCCAUGUUGGAAAAAUGGCUUUUUGAGGAAAGUGGUGGAGUUCUUCAAGGAAGAGAUCAUGAUCAUUGCCUUGAUAAUAUUGGAUUCUAGAGGGACUAUUUUUUCAUAUGUCCUUUAAAUUUAUUUAACUCAAUAGUAUAGAGAAUGAAUGUAAAUUCCUUAUUCAUGUUCUUAUUUACUAAAUCA